UCAAUGAUCCUUACAAAGCAAGGUAAAGGAUCCUCGGCACGGUAAAAGGAUCUUCGACACGAAAGCGAAGAGCCUGCCAAACGGUCCGGUGCUUCAAAUGCCUUGCCUGGAGACCCGAAGCGCCCGCCGCGUAUGGCCAAUGAAGAGGAUCGGCAGCCCUGCAAGGUGGUGGAACAAAAGAGCGUGUGGCACCCUCGUAUCCGAGAGCUGCCAGAAACGCAGCUGUAGCGCUAAGCCGUUGCCAGUCAGACUAUCCCCGCGAAACUCGCCGCUCACUGCGCAACGGUCCGGGUCCAGCAUCCGUCACGCUGGACCAGUCCAGUGCUGCAACGAAGAAAUGCAGAGAGAGAAUGAUGGCGUCGACCACCAUGGACUAGGCGAAAUCAAGCAACUCCUAUCAGGCCAGUCGGUCCAGCUGACGAGCCCAUAUCUCCGGGGUCCAGAGUUGCGUUGCCUUCAACUUGAUGAGUUGCAAGCUCGUGGGCGAGCACACGUUGCAUUGAUAUCUACAGAGCACGAAGCCCUUCGGAAGCCCUUUGUCAAUCAUGAUCCUUCACAGGCGAUUCCAAGACCGUUUCUGGCUCUUCACUGACCACAUUUGCACGUCACGUUAACACGCCUCGGGGGCAGACUUGGAAUCAAUCCCACGACCACAUCCGGCCAAAGCAGGAAUCCCAUGCCACCAGCAAGCAAGCAGUGCCUGCAGCGAGUGGACGACUUUGAGAAGAGCUGGAAGCUGUUGGGAAUGUUCCCAGUCAUCUCAUCCGUAGCAGGAAUAGUUCCAGGAUAACGCGAAGCGAAGUGACUCGGUGUGGUGUCGACUAGACUCGAUAGCCGCAGAUAAGAUGGUGAUGGAUAUGAGCUCUGAAGGCG